GCCGCCAUCGUCGUCGUCGUUGUCGACGCCAUCCGCUCCUUCAAAUUCCCUCUCUCCCUCCGUCACUAUGAUAUCCUCGCUCGCUGUCCUUUCAGUGCUGACGACGGCGGUCUUUGCCCAGUCUUCUUCUUCGUCGGCAGCCUCUGCAUCGUCGACAAGCAGCCCAUUAAUUCCGUCGGGCAUCAGCUCCACUUGUACCACCUUUCUUCAAUCCUUGAACAGUAAUUCCGACUUGGCCGCAUGCACGGAAGCUCUGGCCGCUGCGACAUCCGCUUACGCCCCAGGAAACUCAUCAUCGUCUUCCUCAUCCUCCGGAAUGACCAGCGUACUUGACAACAUUGAAUCCAAUUCAUGCGAUGAUACCGUUAUUAUCCCAAUCAUUGCGAAUUUUGGAACGCAGUGCCAGACCGAGCUCGUUUCCAGCCCUGACAAGGCAGUCAUUCUGAUGUAUGAUACCGUCUAUAUGAUGAAUCCUUGGCUCCAGGUGCUUGUCACCAAGGAUGACAAUGGCACAUUUUGUGUCUUUGAGUCCAACAGCGCCGCCACGAACAGCACCUCCAGCUCUGCAUCGGCAAGUGGCUACAGCAAUGCUGCUGCCGUUGUGUCUACCACUGACUUCUACGAAAUAAGCAAUAACCUUGUCGAGAACCUGGAUUCGGGUAGCACGCUAUCUCGGCGGGCACAAACUGUCGUUACCACUCCCAAUGCGACUACUUGGACCACGCACGGCAUUCCAUUCCUCUUCUUCACAAGCUCGCUAUCUUCAUCUACCCUCUGCACCACCUGUGCCCGUAACGUUUUGACAGUUUGGAUUUCAUGGGAAUCAAAGGUGCCAUAUGCUGCUGCUGCAAACCAGAGUGCUCUUCUGAGUGGCCUGACCAGCCUGUACUCGGCCAUUCAGACUAAAUGCGGUCAAUCAUUCCUUAGCGGAGCUGUUACAGCUGCGGGCGGCCUUGGUACCAGCAACGCUCCUCGCAUGGUGACCAGUGGAAAAGGGUUGGUCAGCUUCGUUGCCGGUCUAGCGAGUCUGGCGGUUGCAUCUGUCUUUCUUUAAGGGGUGAGAGGAAGAGAACGAAGGGGAGAUCGUUGCUGGCUUUCAUCGGACUUUCUCCAUUCUGUUACUUCCUUUCCGAUAUUAUCCUACCAUUACUCGACCAUAAAGCUUUAUACCCGCUGGAGCGUUAGGUAUCAUUUGAUUUACUUUUGGGAUAUCAUUGGUAUUGGAUCUUCUUUUCUUCACAGUUAUGGGUGAUGUGCUUUUUCAACUUCCAUACUGUGAUUCACUUGCAUCCAAUCCGUAUAUAUAU